GUGUCAGCGAGCACUUGACUUCCUCCUCUGGUGAAGUGGGUUUACUUGAAUUUGAAGGAAAGAAAAAAAUGUCUCCACUUUUAAGAAGCGUUAUUGAUAUCGCUGAAGUUUUCAAUCAUUAUGCCUCACAUAGUUGUGAUGGAGCAUCACUAAGCAAGAAAGACCUGAAGAACCUCCUUGAAAGGGAACUCGGAACUGUCCUUCAGAGACCACAUGACCCCGAGACGGUAGACCUGACCCUAGAACUUCUGGAUCGCGACUCCAAUGGGCGUGUUGAUUUCAAUGAAUUCCUCCUGUUCCUUUUCAAGAUUGCUCAAGCUUGCUAUUAUGCUCUUGACCAGGCUGCAAGGCAGGAUGAGAAGACAGCCCUGCCUAGGGAAAAGAGGAACCUGUCACAAGAUCGCAGGCAAGAAGACCAAAGGAGAUUCGAGCACCAGGAUGAAGAACCAGGGCGCCGAAGCCGGCAGAAGAGACAUGAACAGGAGGAGCGUGCUGAGGAGCUGAGGAAGAGGCAGGAGAGACUGGAGCAACGCUGCGACGAAGAGCCCAGGCUGCAAAGACGAGAACUGCAAGAACUGGAGGAGCGCCUUGCAGAGAAAGAGCCGCUAAGCUGGAGCCAGGGUCCUGAUGCUGAGGAGUUUUCUGAGGAAGAGGAACAGCAGAGGCGAGAGAGGAAAGAACUCAGGAGCGAGGACCACACCGAAGAGAGACGGCUGCAGGAGCGCGGGCGAAGAGAGCUAAGAGAACCCCAGCGGAGGCGCGAAACCCAGUUGAGGCGCACGCAGGAGUUGGUGCCCGAGGAGGACGAGCAGACGCAGCUCCAGGAGUCCGACGAGAGCUUCACGCAGAGGUGGCAGCGGCAGCUCGAAAGGGAGGCAGAAGCCCGUCAGAACAAAGUCUACUCCAGGCCUCGCAGACAGGAGCCGGAAAGGCGUCAGCUCGGGGAGCAGGAGCAGCGCCGCGACCUCCGCCCGCAGCGUCCCGCUGAGGAGGAGCACCUGGAGCAAGAGCAGCAGUUCCGCAAGCGGGAGGAGCAGCGCUUCCGGGAGGAUGAGCUGCAGCGAGCCCAGCUCCAGGACAGCCUCCUAGAGGAACGCCUGAGGCGUCGUCAGGUGGAGCGCCGGGACCAAAACAGGAGCCGGCAACUGCAGGAAGAAAGCCAGAGGCGCCACACGUUGUACACCAAACCCAGCCAGAGGCAGCAGAGGGAGGAAGAGCUACGUGAGGAGCGGCUGCUGCAAGAAGUGGAGCAGCAGCGCCAGCAGAGGGGGAGGAGAUAUCGCCAGGAGGAUGAACGGCUGCAGCGGGAGGAAGAGCGGUUGCAGAAGGAAAGGAGACACCUGCAGGAGGAAAGGCAGUAUCAAGAGGAGGACCUGCAGCAGGAGGAAGAGCGGCUGAAGCAGCAGGAAGAGCGGCUGCGGAGAGAAAGGAGAAGCCUGCAGCGGGAGAGGCAGUGUCACGUGGAGGACGAGGCGCAGCGGGAGGAAGAGCAACUGCAGCAGGCGGAAGAGCAUCUGCAGCGGGAGGAAGAGCGGCUGAGGAAGGAAAGGAGACUCCUGCAGCAGGAGAGGCAGUAUCAAGAGGAAGAACUGCAGCAGGAGGAAGAGCUUCUGCAGCGGGAGGAAGAGCGGCUGCGGAAGGAAAGGAGACUCCUGCAGCAGGAGAGGCAGUAUCAAGAGGAAGAACUGCAGCAGGAGGAAGAGCAUCUGCAGCGGGAGGAAGAGCGGCUGAGGAAGGAAAGGAGACUCUUGCAGCAGGAGAGGCAGUAUCAAGAGGAGGACCUGCAGCAGCUGCGGGCUGAAGAUCAGCGUAGGGAUCUGAAAUGGCAGUGGCAACCAGAGAAAGAAAAUCAAGUUCGCAGUCACAGGCUCUUCUCCAAGCGCAGGGAGGAUGAAGAAAAGAUCCGGCAGCUGGAUGAUUCUCUGGAGCAAGAGAGACGGUUACGUCAGGAUCGGCGGUCCCUGCAAGACGAAGCGGAAGAGAAGAGAGAGUUGGAGCAGGAGAGGAGGCGCCGACAGCAGCGCGACCGGCAGUUCCUAGCAGAAGAGGAGCUGCAGCGAGAGCACCAAAGGGAAGCCAAAAGACGAGAUGAGACCUUCCAGGAGGAAGAGCAGCUCCUGAGAGACUCGAGAAGACGGCCAGAGGAGAGGGAUAGGAAGUUCCUUGAGGAGGAAAAGCACCUGCGGAAGGAACGGGAAGAACUGAGGCGGCGGCAAGAACAAGAGAGACAAUUCCAGGAGGAAGAGGAGCUGCACCUCCAAGAACGCGAGGAAGAACUUCAGCAGGAGCGCAACAGAAAAUCCUGUGAGGAACACAAGCGCCGCCAGCAGCGUGAAGAAGAGCGCCGCCAGGAGCGUGACAGAAGUUUCCACCAGGAACAAGAGCGCCGCCAGGAGCGUGACAGAGGUUUCCGCCAGGAACAAGAGCGCCGCCAGGAGCGUGACAGAGGUUUCCGCCAGGAACAAGAGCGCCGCCAGGAGCGUGACAGAGGUUUCCGCCAGGAACAAGAGCGCCGCCAGGAGCGUGACAGAAGUUUCCGCCAGGAAGAAGAGCGCCGCCAGCAACUCGAGGAAGAGCAGCUGAGACGCCAGGAACGUAACAGAAAAUUCCACGAGGAAGAAGAGCGCCGCCAGGAACGUGGCAGAAGAUUCCAAGAGGAAGAAGAGCGCCGCCAGGAGCUCGAGGAAAAGCAGCUGCGAGACCGAAAGUUGAGGGUAGAGGAGCAACUUCGCAGGGAGCGCGAGGGAGAGCUGCGGCGCCGACAGGAAUGUGACAGAAAAUUCCGCCGAGAACAAGACUUCCGCCAGGAACUGGAAGAAGAGCAGUCGAGGGAUAGAAAGUUCCGCCGGGAACAAGAGCUCAGGCGUGACAGACAAUUCCAAGAGGAAAAAGAGCGCCUCCAGGAGCGUGAAGAAGAGCAGCUGAGGGAUAGAAAGUUCCGCCGAGAACCAGAGCUCAGGCGCGACAGAAAAUUCCGUGAGGAAGAAGAGCGCCUCCAGGAACUCGAGGAAGAGCAGCUGAGACGUCAGGAACGUAACAGAAAAUUCCAAGAGGAAGAAGAGCGCCGCCAGGAGCGUAAGGAAGAGCAACUGAGGGAUAGAAAGUUCCGCCGAGAACCAGAGCUCAGGCGCGACAGAAAAUUCCGUGAGGAAGAAGAGCGCCUCCAGGAACUCGAGGAAGAGCAGCUGAGACGUCAGGAACGUAACAGAAAAUUCCAAGAGGAAGAAGAGCGCCGCCAGGAGCGUAAGGAAGAGCAGCUGCGAGACCGAAAGUUAAGGGUGGAGGAGCAACUUAUUAGGGAGCGUGAAGAAGAGCUGCGGCGGCGCCCACAGGAAUGUGACAGAAAAUUCCGCCGAGAACCAGAGCUCAGGCGCGACAGAAAAUUCCGAGAGGAAGAAGAGCGCCUCCAGGAACUCGAAGAAGAGCAGCAGAGACGUCAGGAACGUAACAGAAAAUUCCGUGAGGAACAAGAGCGCCGCCAGGAACUUGAAGAGCAACUGAGACGCCAGGAACGUGGCAGGAAAUUCCAGGAGAAACAAGAGCGCCGCCAGGAACUCGAGGAAGAGCUGAGACGCCAGGAACGUGGCAGGAAAUUCCACGAGGAAGAAGAGCGCCGCCAGGAACUCGAAGAGCAGCUGAGACGCCAGGAACGUGGCAGGAAAUUCCAGGAGGAAGAAGAGCGCCGCCAGGAACUUGAAGAGGAGCUGAGGCGCCAGGAACGUGGCAGAAAAUUCCACGAGGAAGAAGAGCGCCACCAGGAACUGGAGAAAGAGCCGCUGAGACGCCAGGAACGUGGCAGGAAAUUCCACGAGGAAGAAGAGCGCCGCCAGGAACUCGAAGAGCCGCUGAGACGCCAGGAACGUGGCAGGAAAUUCCAGGAGGAACAAGAGCGCCGCCAGGAACUCGAGGAAGAGCUGAGACGCCAGGAACGUGGCAGGAAAUUCCACGAGGAAGAAGAGCGCCGCCAGGAACUCGAAGAGCAGCUGAGACGCCAGGAACGUGGCAGGAAAUUCCAGGAGGAAGAAGAGCGCCGCCAGGAACUUGAAGAGGAGCUGAGGCGCCAGGAACGUGGCAGAAAAUUCCACGAAGAAGAAGAGCGCCACCAGGAACUGGAGAAAGAGCCGCUGAGACGCCAGGAACGUGGCAGGAAAUUCCAGGAGGAAGAAGAGCGCCGCCAGGAACUUGAAGAGGAGCUGAGGCGCCAGGAACGUGGCAGAAAAUUCCACGAGGAACAAGAUCGCCGCCAGGAACUUGAAGAGCAGCUGAGACGCCAGGAACGCGCCAGGAAAUUCCAUGAGGAAGAAGAGCGCCGCCAGGAGCGAGACCGAAGAUUCCGCGGAGAACCAGAGCUCCGGAAAGAAAGGGAGGAGCAACAGCUUUGCCAAGAGCGUGACAGGAAAUUCCAGGAGGAGAAGCAGCUGCGCCAGGAACGUGAGGAACUGCAGUUGCGGAGGCAGAAACGAGAUGGUCAGUACCUAGCUGAGGAUCAGUUUGCCAGGGAUAAGAUUCGUCGUCAGGAACAGGAACAGCAUCAAAAAGAGGAACAACUACGUCGCCAAGAGCGGGAGAGAAAAUUCAAAGAAGAGCAGAUCCGUCGGCAGGCAGAGCAGAGGCGCCGCCAAAUCCUGGAGAGUGGCGCGCGCCAGUUUGCCAAUGUCCCAGUGCGUUCCAGCCCUCUCUAUGAGUACAUCCAAGAGCAGAGGUCUCAAUACCGCCCUUAAAGGAUGCUGCCAACGUCCUGGCAGCAGCCAAAUCUUUUUUUUCUUUUUCAAGCAAAAGAAAAUGAGAAACACUGGGUAUCAAAUGAUAACUCAUGUGUUUCUGGUUGUGGGAAAACUCUAUAUAAUCUUAGAAUGUCUUUUCCAGAAUCUUAAACUAUACCUAUUUCAUUUCUUUCUACUCCUGUCUUUCAUUCUGCCUCGGAUCUUUAUUGCAAGAUGUCUUUGUUCUUUAGUGCAGAUAUGGUGUGCACUUUUAAAAAGAAGUCAUUUAAUUUUUUUAAAGGAAUUUUGUUUGAGGAGCACAUUGAUUUAUUGCCUUCAUAAAUAAGAAUAAUGUAGCAAUUUGAUAUUCAAAAUAAUUGAGCCACUAUUUUUAGUGGUGGAUCAUCUUGUUGGGAGCUCUCAUUUUAUAAGUUUAAGUUGGCUUUUUCUUUGGCCUAAAUUUCAUUUGUAUUCUCCUCCAAACAGUUUUCUUGAUUUUUGUUGCGUAAUUUUGCCAGCCCUCAAAUAAUGCAGGGGAAUGAUUUAUGCAGAAAAAUACCAUGUGAAAUCAGUUCAUAACUGAAAGAAAUAUCUGUUAAGAGAAAGACUUGGACAGGAAAUUAGAAUUUGGCAUUGUAUUUUUAUACUUAGCACCACUAAAAAUUUCAUGAAGCAAAAGCAAGGUGUUUCUCAAACAACUCAAAUUUAAAACUGCUGUAAUUUGUAGAGCUCUGUUCUAUUUCCCCAAGUUUUGUUGGGUUUUAGAAUAUUAUUACUUUUGUACAUUUUGGUUUAGAGGGAAUCUAUUCAAGGCCCUGUACACAUCUGUCUUGUUUGGGUCCAACAAGAGUUCAGAGUGAUGGAAGAAGGAAAGGGGAAAAUGUAUGAACAGAGGACAAAUUUCUAGAGGUCUCUAGACUUAUCAGCCCACAAUUAUUUGAGGCUUUAUACUACCUUAAAGACAUUCUUGUUGAAAAAAAAUGGACUGUAGAAAAUCAAUAAAUGUUUGGCAAAUAAUUA